AGAUCCUUUACUAAAGUUAACACUUGUUAAGUAGUGAUGCUGGAAGGAUUAGUUCAGAUUUUUACGAAACAUCUCACGGACUUUGUGACUAAUAUACCGGGUGUUGUUUAGACUAUUGACUCUUUAUUUUUUGUGGUACGUCUUUAAGUUUAUUGGUGGUUUUUUAUGAAGUGACUUUUUGGUUGGUUAAAAAAUGACUGUUACGGGUAAUUUUGGAAUUAUGCAUAGACCAUGUUUCUCUGGGUAUCCUUUUCAAGGACAAGGACGUGUCAAUCAACUUGGAGGCGUCUUUAUAAAUGGUAGGCCUCUUCCAAACCACAUAAGACUGAAAAUCGUAGAGAUGGCAGCUGCAGGGGUACGUCCCUGUGUCAUAUCAAGGCAGCUAAGGGUGUCACAUGGUUGCGUUAGCAAGAUCUUGAACAGAUAUCAGGAAACUGGAUCUAUUCGACCCGGGGUCAUCGGUGGUUCCAAACCGCGCGUAGCAACGCCUGAAGUUGAAACUCGGAUUGAACAAUACAAGAGAGACAAUCCGUCGAUUUUCAGUUGGGAAAUUAGAGACAGAUUAAUCAAGGAAGGUAUUUGCGAUCGAAGCAGUGCUCCCAGUGUAUCCGCCAUUUCUAGACUUCUCAGAGGCAAAGGAGGAGAAUACGAUGGAGAUGAUAAAUCAACCGACAACGAAGGUGGUUCGGACUGUGAAAGUGAACCGGGGAUUCCCUUGAAGAGAAAACAGCGUCGCUCCAGAACCACUUUUACGGCACACCAGCUUGACGAACUGGAAAAAGCUUUCGAAAGAACGCAAUAUCCGGAUAUUUACACCAGAGAAGAAUUGGCUCAAAGGACCAAGCUUACCGAAGCCAGAAUACAGGUUUGGUUUAGUAAUAGAAGAGCAAGAUUAAGAAAACAGUUAUCAUCGUCAUCUUCAUCGUCUUACACACCCCUAGGUGUUGUAGGUGGGCCUUACAGUGCCCCCACUACUCCGUAUGGACAAGGCUUAGGAGACGGCACCUUCCCUAGUUCUGCUGCUACGGCUUCCAGUUCUAACCAAAUGACUGAUCUCUACCCCAACCACUCGGGUCACUCGACAUCGCCGAAUCUCCCAAUCUCAGAGGUCAAAUGGGAACAUUCAAUCCCGCACCACCACAACCCCUACAGCUCCUCCCAUCCUAUCUAUUCGUCUUCUAACUUGAUGCCCAUUUCCCAAACUCUAACCCCGUCCAUAAGUUUGCCUUCCAACGUUCAACCUAGCACAUCACCUAGUAUGGCCACCAAUACGCUCCAGAGUUUACCCCAACAGACCGAAAUGGGCGAAUACAAGGAUUAUAAGGAUGGAAGUGAUAAUAAUAACGUGCAUCAUUCAUCCAGUCCUAGUUUGAGUCAGCAAUAUGCUAAUAUGGCGCCGAAUUCGGCCGGGAUCGUUACUAUGUUGGGACCGAAUAGUGCAAACAGCAAUAGCAACGACGCACCCUGUACAGAAUCCAAUUCAGAUCACCACCACCACCACCAUCACCUCUCGUCCCAAUGGAAUAUGACUUCUCCGCACCAAAUCAGAAACCUCAGCCCUACUUUACCAAACCACCAAUCAAUCUCAGGCACUUUAGGACAAUUGGGACAGCCGCUGGCCCAAAGUUUGGGUCCAUUCCCGCAUCAGGGAGGCAUGCAACACAGCAUACAUGGUUACCACACUCACCAAGCGCCGAAGACGUUCGGUCAUCAGCCUUUUUACGGUUGGUACUAGGCAUCAGACAAAUUAUCUAUACACUAUAUUAGUGUGACGUAAUUGAUGUUUCAAUGACAGUUGACUUUAAAAACAAACAAACCGUUCUCUCAUUGAAAUAUACGUUUUUAGAUUUUUUUAAUAUUGUUUGCAGGCUGUAAAAAAGUAGUAUAUAAUGAAUUAUUUUUAAUAUUUAAAUAAAAAUAAUCUUGAAAAUAAUAGAAAUUAUAUUUUUAUAAAUCUACUGUCACUGUCAUUUGUCAUUGGAACAUAAAUUACGUCAUACCUGAUUUAGUGUAUUGUACGUUUCAAAAUGUGUAAAGUGUUAGCUUUAAAGUGCAAUUUAAUAAUAAAGUAGUGUCAAAAUUUUUCUUUGGUCUAUUUUAGUGUUUUAAUAAUUUUAGCUACUUUAACGCAAACAAUUUUUAACUCAACCUUUAAAAAACUGUGGCCUUCAUGAAUUUAGUUAAACAAGGAAUGUUAUUUAAAAACCAUAAUUUUGAUAAAACUAUUUUUUUAUUUCAUUAAACUUUAAAGUCACAAUAAAUCAUAUGUAAUUUGGAAACGUUUAUUAAAAAAAGGGUACCUAUACCAGUGUUUAAGAGCAAAAAAUGAUUAAUUCACUUAUCUUAGCCGAAUAUAGAUCUGGAUCAAAUAGAUUGAUGUUUAUGAAAAAUAUUAUUAGCUGCAACGUUAUUUACUUUUCUACUAAUUAUUUUGACCAAAACGUACUGACUUCUGUUUGCUUUUAGAAAAACUUUUAACAUGCCUUCUAUUGUUUGUACUUUCUUUAGAAAAUGUGGCCUUAUUGGUGUUUCAAGUUUACUAGUUUUUUACAGUUUGUGUGAGUCUAAUUUCUCUUUUGUUCCCUCCUCUUUCCAUAAUUCGUUUUCUUUGCAAAUUUUGUCUACUUAAAAAAUCGAUGAGAAACAAUAAUUUCCCCUUCUUCAAAGCCGUGCGCAGGUAUCACGAUUAUAACUUGUUAUCUGUCUUUGUUGGUCAUGGCCUAUUUUAGAAACAUUUUCUUUUUUUGAUCAAUCUCUAUUUGUUGAGAUUCAGAUGUCAUGUCAUUGUAAGUCAGAUUGAUAUGCAAUCCUUUGAUCCAGGAAGUAUGUUGCGAAACAUCCUAUUUUAUUACAAAAAUAAAUAAAAUUUAAUAAUUUAAUUAAUAGAAACACUAAUAAAAGUAAAUAUGUUUCUAACUUGCCUUAAACAAUGUGAUAAUAGUUAAAUUUUUACAACUGUCUAGUUUUAGAAUUUUUACCUAAAAAUUUGUUUAUAAUAGGCAAUGCUGGGGAAAAAUAUACAUACCUAUAUUCAUAGAAAUAUUUAGGACCAAUGUAACACCAGUGAUAUAUAUUAUUGUACAUACACGCUGUAUAUAAUCCAUAUUAAUUGUAUAUUGUGGUAAUUAUUUCUAAUUCAGUUUUGUAAUAAUUAUAUCUAGAAUUCAUUCGGAAUAUUCUUUAAAUGAAAUUCACUUUCAUUCAAGUACGCAUUUUAUAUUUUAUUCAAAAUUUUCUUUAUAAUAAUAAUUUAGCUUAGGAUUGUAUUUUAAAUUAUUUAUACCAGUGUAAUAUUCU